CUGAAAGUGCAGUAGGGAUUUUCCAUUAUAAUUAUCGUCUUUCACGUGACAGAGCUAUAAUAUCAAAAUGACUUCCUACAAAUGGCUGAACUUGGGUAUGCAGUAUUUAUCAGAGUCUGUGUUUAUGCAACUGAGUUACAUACUGGGGUCCUUAGAGAUGGUGAUUAUGAGGAGAGAAAUAGCAGACUUCAGGGAAAUUAUUACUGAUCAAGCGAUACUGACCAAAGAUGAAGACAGGAUAAUGAUGAGUGGGAGUAUGAGAGUGGGAUUCAGGCUAAAGGGAUCAGAUAUGGACCUAAUGUUUUGGCCAAAAGAUCACACAGUUAUAUGGGACAUAAUUCAGGCCCAGAAUUAUGACUUAAGUAGAAAAAUACUGAUUCUCUGUGACUAUUCUGAUAGCCCACCAGGAUCUGCUUUACUUGAAUUAUUGACACCAACACAUAGACAAAGUUUCAAAAAGGCAUGUCUGCGAGAAAAAAACAAACUUUAUAUAUCCAGUUCCAAAUACAGACAAAUUACAUGUUCAGAAACUUUGCCUAAUUCUAAAGAACAUGGUCCAUGUGGUAGUGGUGUUUUAGGGGGAGAAGAAAUUGACACAGCCCAAUGUAUUGUCUGUGAAAUUUGGCCCCCUACUGCCUCCGAAUGGAUCGACAGAUGUCACUCAUGUCCUCCGUCUUAUAUUGCUGAUGACAUAGUCAGAAAUGGAUGCCACUUUGUAGCAAUAGGACACAAACUAGGGAAACACGCAGACAAAGAAUGGAGAAUUUCCUUCUCUUUGGCAGAACAAAAACUUGUAUACUCAAUGAACCAUUGCCAAUUCCUGACCUAUGGAUUGCUUAAAUUGUUCUUGAAAGAGUCUAUUAAUAAUGGAUUAAGUGAUGAGGAUAAAUUACUGUGUUCAUAUCACAUGAAAACAGCAAUUUUCUGGGCUAUUCAACAGAACACAAAUCUUCACUGGUAUCUACAAAAUCUCCUGGAGUGUUUCUGGGUCUGCUUUAAACUUAUCCUUAAAUGGGUGUACGAGGGGGUAUGUCCAAACUUCUUUAUUCCAGAAAACAACAUGUUUCUGAGUAAUAUCCACGGGGAAGCACAAAAGAAAUUAUUCAUUAGGCUUCAUGAAUUGUAUGAGAAGGGAUUAGCAUCACUGCUUCAUUGUCAAUCUGUCAGAUCUAGUCUUAUCAGUGUCCUUCAAAACCCAAGACAACCUGUUGAUACAGAGGGAUACACGCUGAUAUCCAAGGUUUUGCUUGAAGUAGAUCUAUUUAAUGAGCUGUGCCACAAUGAUCUACCAACACCAGACCUCCAUCAAUGUAUGAGGUUUCUCACUGUAGUAGAAAAGUUGAUUAUGUUACCCCUGACCCAUUAUCAGAUUCUCAUGUUACAGAGGUUUACGGUCUCUAUACUCCAGAACACUGCUUUUACAUCACACAACUUUUUAGCUGCUUUUGUACCGUUCAAUAUAAAUACUAGUUCAGCUUUAAACAAACAAGUUUAUAUGAAAUAUAAAGCACUCAGUUAUAUGCUGAAAUUAGCAUCCAAAUUUGGAUGUAUUUCUGAUAUGUUGUACCUUGCAAUAUUUUACUACAAAACACUUAGAUACAAAAAAAGCCUUAUCAAUUAUUGAGAUGACAAAGGUUAAAUUAGCACAACCAUACGUAUCAUACAUCAACCAUUCAGCUAUAGAUGCAGAGAUGUACAUGUUUCGUGAGUCCUUUGGGGGAAAGUCCUGGUCUACAAACAUGAGACAUGCUGUGGCAUGGGAUUUUAGUCUUCGAAAUAAAAUCAGUUACAUAUAUGAAUUAGUGCCAGAACAACAGUCUGGGUUACAGAGUGGAUACCCUGUAUUACUUAUCCCACUCUAUGUUUUCAUGCACAUGUUAGAGGUCUUGUGUUACAGACAUGUAGACCCAGUGAGAGCAGAAACAGCUCUUAAUGAGCUACAGGUCCUGGUCCACUAUGAUCAGGGGGAGUAUAUAGAUAUACGUCUCAGAGACAUAUCCUGACAGAUUCUAGGGAUCUGUCAACAGGUGACAGGGAGGG